UUCAACUUUUCAGAGGGUUUUGGUGAUCACAAGAGAGAUAGAGCGGGAGAGUUUAUAAGGGAGAGAAAGAUAAUGGGUAGCGUUUGAAACGGAGUUUUCCUGGAAAAUAUGGGGUAGGAUCGUUUUGUGUGAUGGAAAGAGAAAUCCGAUUUCAUUGUUGAAUCCGCCGAUCUUACAUUCGCCUGAAAACUCUGUUGUUUCGCCAGAAUUGCUUUUUUUUUUUUUUUUUUUUUUUUUUUGCGGAAAAAAGUUUUCAACUUCAAAGGAAGAUUGUUGUCUAGAGGUUUGAUCUUCAAUCAUGCAAGCUUGAUGGACUGGAGAAGUGCAGAUUUGUUGAAAAUCGAUCCAUGAAUCUGCUUCUUUGUUUAUGACAUAUCCUUCUUUGUUAUGACUUCUGAAAUAUGGUGUUGCAUAAGAGGUUAGACUAUGGAUUCAAUGGCUAUCAGGUGCCUCCCAUGCCUCGAGCUACCAGAUCAGCUAGGAGGAGGGUUACGUUCAGAAGGAGAGAUGAAGAUAAUCAAAUGUGUGCAUUUGACUUAUUGGCCACUUUAGCUGGUGAGAUAUUGCUUGAGAAAGAGAGUUCACCCACUUCUAGCAAUACAUCAAAGGAAAACGAUCAGCAUGCAUGUGUUAAGAACACACAGGAGAGUGAAGACAAACUAGUUAAAAUUGAACCUAGUAAUCAAGGAAGUGGUGAUGGGAGAGUCUUAAUCUCUGAGACUGUCCCACAGGCUUAUGAUCGAAAGCAUCUCUCCAAGGAAUCCCCACUAACACAGAAUAAUGGCCAUUCAGGAUUUGCUUCUGUAGCAACCACCGAUUCCUCAGAGAGCUUUGUUGAUGAGAAGUUGGUGAAUGGAAAAAACAAGGAUGACAUACAAAGCUUUGCUAGCAAAGUAGAUUUUGGUAUCUCUGGUUACAGGGAUUCUGGGGAUUGUACAUUAGAUUGUGAAUCUAAAAUAAUGUUAAGAGAUGUACUGCACAAGAAUGGGAAGGUGUCUAUUGGUACUGGGGCUGAUAUGUGCAGUUUGGAGGAUCCUAAGUUUUGGGAUGGGAAACCUCCUGCAUUAGUCAGUUCAGAUGGUAAGGUUAAGGUGCCUUUGUGUGGGGACCACAUUCCCCAUAGCUCUUUUCCCGCUGGUCGGGAUGAUGUAAAAAUAGUUAGUAGAGAUGAUGACGAAAACUCCUCUGGGUGCACUCGCCCUAGUAUGACAAAAAAGUCCAUUUGGCCAGUAUCACGCAUUGCAGACCGAAGGAUAAAGAAGAUUUUAGCUUCAAAGUAUUGGAAGGUAUCUCCAAAAUUGAAGGAUGAGGCACUCUUGAAUUUUGAUGGGGAUUUCAAGCCCAUUUGCCACAAUAGGAAGGGCUGUUACAAACGCCAAAGAUCUCAAAUGAAUAUUCCUUUUAAAAAGAGGAAAUUUUUUGAGUGUAGCUCAGUUUCAAAUUCUGACCGAUGGAUUAAUUGUGAUGGUAAAUUUGAUUCACCUGAGGAGGGAGGUGCUUCUGGUUCAUGUAUGAAGAUGAACGGAGCCAUUGGAACAUCAUCCUCCGUAGGUCAACACCCAUCAAUUCUAUCUAGGGAUUCUUAUGUGAAGCUUAGGAUUAAGUCUUUCAGAGUGCCAGAGCUUUUUAUUGAAAUGCCUGAAAGUGCAACAGUUGGUUCUUUGAAGAGGACUGUUAUGAAGGCAGUGACUACCAUACUUGGAGGUGGGUUACAUGUCGGUGUACUUCUUCGGGGAAAGAAGGUUAGAGAUGACAAUAAAACUCUACUGCAAACAGGGAUUUCUCAUGAUUACAAUCCGGAUGCUUUGGGUUUUGCCCUGGAGCCUAGCCCUUCAAAAAAUCCCCAACCUUUAUGUCCCAGAGAUUCUUCCCAUAUGCUUCCUUGUGACAUGCUUCAGCCUUUAACCAGUUAUCUAUCGGAUUCAGCUGGAGCUCAUCAGGGCACUUGCCAUGCCUCUCCUGAACUUCACGUGGCCGAUUUAGGCAACUUCAUUGAAAGUGAUCACGAUUCAGCACCUUCUCCACCUCACACACCAGUUGACAAAAGUACAAGAGACUCUAAAGCUCUUGUUGCUGUACCGGAAAUUAAUGUCAAGGCAUUAGCUGUGGUUCCAGUUCACCAAAGAUCAAAGCAAUCUGAGAUUGCGCAGCGUCGAAUCCGUCGACCUUUUUCUGUUGCCGAAGUGGAAGCACUUGUUCAAGCUGUUGAGAAACUUGGAACUGGAAGGUGGCGGGACGUUAAACUACGAGCUUUUGAUAAUGCAAAACAUCGAACUUAUGUGGAUUUGAAGGAUAAGUGGAAAACACUGGUACACACAGCGAGAAUAUCUCCUCAGCAAAGGAGGGGAGAACCUGUUCCCCAGGAGCUCUUGGACAGGGUCUUAACUGCCCAUGCUUACUGGUCCAAACAGCAAGCCAAACAACAGCUCAAACAACACCCAGAGCCUUGCCUUCUCAUCUGACAAAAAAAAAAAAGGGUCUUAAAAAAGAGAGCUGCAAGCACAUAUGUGGAACAAAAACAUAGAAUGAUCAUGGGUUUAGAAGAAGGAUAUCUAGGUGUCUAGUUUAUUCUUUUUGGCUUUGCCAUGAUUAUGUAAAAAAAAAGUAGCAAGGAAGAAUAUAGAAAAAGUCUGAAGAAAUGUAUGUAAUAUCUCUCGCUCUUGCCAUGCUUCUUUUCCUGCCUGGAGAGUCUGGCACUAUGUAAAUGGUUCAGGGAAUAAAGAGCUUGCUAACCAAACUCAUUUGACCAUA